UAUCACACACACACACACACACACGCACACAUCUCUCUUCCCUAACCCUUUCCUAAUUUCCCUGUCUUCUCCUCUCCUCUCUCUCUUCGCCUAUAUUCUCUCUCUUUCAGGCGAUCCUGAACUGGAACCUUAACAGAUCACCGUUUCCUGGCAAGUUCUUGUAUACCCUUUUGUUUUGUUUCAGUUUGUUUACCUGUUAAUCAGUAAUGUUUCUAGUACUUAUUGAGCUAUAAAGGUAGUGACUUUAUCUGUUUGGCCUGUGAUGUUUUUUUCCUUUCUGUAUGAGUAAUUUAAGGGCUGGUUUUUGUUUUUGGGUUUUGAGGUUACAAGAGCUGUAAUUGAGGGGUUAAGGCCAUGUAGGUGACUCUUUUUGGAUCCAUGGAUGUGCUUGGGAUUUCUUGGGCACAGAGAGGAUGACUAGGACUGAGUUUUGGGGGAUUAAUUUUAGUGGGAAUUUAAGUUGAAGCAUUUUCUGAUUUCAUUUCUGUUCUUUUCUUUGCCGGGUUAAUUCUUGUGCAAGUUGUGUAUCUUUAUUUGGUUGAAUUGGGUUCUUGGUGCUUUUGUUUUUGUGGGGCUUUGAUAACUUAAAGAAAUGGAGGCUAAAAUGGGUGGGAAGUCUCGUCAUUUAUAUGGUCCGGUGCUGUCGGAUUUAAAGGCAGUUGGGAAAAAGAGUUUAGAAUGGGAUUUGAACGACUGGAAAUGGGAUGGCGAUCUUUUUACAGCUACUCCAUUGAAUUCUGUACCAUCAGAUUGCAGGAGUAGGCAGUUGUUCUCUACUGGGCCUGAACUUCCUGAGAAGGCAGGUUUAUCGAACAGUUCAUCUUCUUGUUCAGAUGACAAUGACAAUCUGGGGGAUGAUAAAGGAAAGAGAGAAUUGGAGAAGAGGAGGAGGGCUGUUUUUGUUGAAGAUGAAGACUUGAAUGAUGCGGCUGGGUCCCUUAAUUUGAAGCUAGGUGGGCAAGUCUACCCUAUCAUGAAUGAAGAUGCAAAGAGUGGAAAGAAGACAAAGGUUACUAUGACGGCUUCAAAUCGUGCAGUUUGUCAGGUGGAGGAUUGUAGGGCUGAUCUGAGCAAUGCCAAGGAUUAUCACCGACGACAUAAGGUUUGUGAUGUGCAUUCUAAGGCCAGUAUGGCUUUGGUGGGGAAUGUUAUGCAAAGGUUUUGCCAGCAAUGUAGCAGGUUUCAUGUUCUUCAAGAGUUUGAUGAAGGGAAAAGAAGCUGUCGCAGGCGUUUGGCUGGCCAUAACAAGCGGAGGAGGAAGACACAUCCAGAAAAUGUAUUCAACGAAGGUUCCUUGAAUGAUGAAAAGGGCAGCAGCUAUCUGCUGAUAAGUUUACUGAGGAUUCUCUCCAAUCUGCAAUCAAAUAACUCUGAUCAAACCAAGGAUCAGGAUCUGCUUUCUCAUCUAUUGAGGAGCCUGGCCAAUCUUGCUGGUACAACUAAUGGAAGGAGCCUAUCUGGAUUACUGCAAGGAUCUCCAGGUUUGGUGAAUGCCGGAGCAACUGUUGGGAAUCUUGAAAAAGUGCAAGAUGCGCUUACAAAUGGUCCUGAAUCUGCUAGGCCUUCUAGUUCAGCUUCUAAGAAAGAUGAUUGCAUUAAUUCUCUGGAUCUUCCAAGGCCUUUGGGUCAAUGUGGGACUGUACCUGUUCCUGAUUUGGUACAGAAAAGAAUAUUGGAUAAUGACGUACAAGGUGGACAUCAAGCGCAUUCUGGUCCACAGUCUAUACCAUUGUUCCUGUCAAGAAACAAACUCCCAGCCAAACCAAAUGAACCAGAUGCUACUGUUGGAAGGAUCAAGUUGAAUAACUUUGACUUGAAUAAUGUUUAUGAUAAUUCUCAAGACUACGUAGAGAACCUAGAUAGGUCUCAUGCCCCUGUAAGUACAGGUAUGGGCUCUUUCAAUUGCCCUUUAUGGGUACGAUCAGACUCACACAAGACAAACCUGCCUCAUAUGAGUGGGUACUCUGAUUCAACUCCUAGCCAGUCGCCAUCUAGUUCUAGUGGAGAGGCUCAGGGUCGUACAGACAGAAUCGUUUUUAAACUCUUCGGGAAAGACCCAAAUGAUUUCCCCGUUGCUCUGCGAACACAAAUCCUUCAAUGGCUAUCUCACAGUCCCACUGACAUUGAGAGCUAUAUAAGGCCCGGAUGUAUUAUAUUAACAAUAUAUCUUUGCCUCGAAAAAACAAAAUGGGAGGAGGUUUGUCUUGAUCUGGGAGCAAGUUUGAGUAGGCUUCUUGAUACAUUUAGGGACUCUUUUUGGCAAACAGGAUGGGUGUAUGUUAGGGCGCAGAAUAGCGUAUCCUUUAUUCAUAAUGGUAGAGUUGUUUUGGACACACCUUUACCUAUAAAGAGCAAUAAGAAUUGCAGGAUAUCUAGCAUUACACCAAUUGCUGUCUCUUUGUCUGAGAGAACUCAAUUUGUAGUCAGGGGCUUUAACAUUGUUCGGCCCGUGACAAGGGUACUUUGUGCUGUUGAAGGAAAAUAUCUGGUCCAGGAAACUUGUUAUGACUUGAUGGAUGGUGCUGCUACAAUGAAUGAGCAUGGAAAACCCCAGUGCUUGAACUUUCAGUGCUCUGUACCAAAUUUUGUUGGAAGAGGCUUUAUUGAGAUUGAAGACCAUAGUCUAAGCAGCAGCUUUUUCCCCUUCAUUGUUGCUGAGCCGGAAGUAUGUUCAGAGAUACGAACGCUGGAGGAUGCAAUUCAGGUGGCCGAGACUACUACUGAUAUUCAUGCACUAGCUGAAACAAUGGAAAUCAAGAAUCAAUCAUUGGACUUCAUACAUGAAAUGGGCUGGCUUCUACAUAGAAGUCACUUGAAGUUUAGAUUGGGCCAGUUGGAUCCCUUCCCUUUCAAACGCUUUGAAUGGCUUGUACAAUUCUCCAUGAACCGUGAUUGGUGUGCUGUGGUGAGAAAACUCUUGGCCAUCAUGAUUGAUGGAACAGUAGAUGCUGGAGAGCAUUCCUCCAUUGAGCUUGCGCUGUUUAAUAUGGGUCUUCUCCACAGAGCUGUGCAAAGAAAUUGCAGGCCCAUGGUGGAACUACUAUUAAGAUACACCCCAGAUAAACAAUUGGGUGGACCAGGCACUCAGCAAAAUCAACUGGCUGAUGAGAACAACAGCAGAUUCAUGUUUAAGCCUGAUGUUGCUGGGCCAGCUGGUUUGACUCCUCUUCACGUUGCAGCUUGUAGGGAUGGUGCCGAGAAUGUGCUGGAUGCCUUGACUGAUGAUCCUGGAUUGGUGGGAAUUGAUGCAUGGAAGAGAACUCGUGACAACACAGGUUUGACUCCUUAUGAUUAUGCAUGUCUACGAGGUCAUUACUCUUACAUUCAUCUAAUCCAGAGGAAAAUCAAUAAGAAAUCAGAAAGUGGGCAUGUGGUGCUUGACAUCCCUAGUUCCCUUGCGGAUUACAAUUCCAAGCAAAAAGAUGGGCAUAAAUUACCAAAAUUUGCCGUCUUGCAUACCGAGAAGAUCGAAAUGAAAGCCAUGCAGCAGCACUUGAAGGUUUGUGAGCGGAAGCUGGUUUAUGGUGCAGCAAGAACAUCUCUUGUCUACCGGCCAGCAAUGCUCUCAAUGGUGGCCAUUGCAGCCGUCUGUGUGUGUGUAGCUCUGCUCUUCAAGAGCUCUCCUGAAGUUCUUUACGUGUUCCAGCCUUUCAGAUGGGAAAAGCUGAAGUAUGGAUCAAGCUAAGCUUGAUCUACUUGUUGGUAUUGCUGGCACUAGGUCUAUUAUUAUUUCUUUCUUCUUCUUUUUUCUUCCCUUUUUCUCCAUGAGAAAAAAAAAACACCUGAUGACGUGUAUGAAUUUAGAUUCGAGUGGAAAAUAUAAUGUAUACGUAAUAAUAAAUUAAUAAUAAUUGUUAAGAGGGCUUUUUUAUU